GUAACACCAAUUAGAAGAUAAUCAAAUCUCCGAAUCACAUUAAACAUCACAAAUCGGUCCACAGUCAAGAACCCUGUCUACUUUGUAUUUAUCGAAGAUUAUUCAAUCAGCCGGCCUCUUGUUUUCCAGCCUUUAUGGUUAAAUCAGAACCUGGUCAGAUAUGCAAACCAACAGACCAUGGUCCAGUGGUACCCACAACCCCACUUGUCCUCUUUUUUGAAACUAUCCAAGAAACUGCUCUCAAAACAUUUGGUCCUAAAAACUUUGACCCAAAACUUUACGUUGACUUAUCAUUGAAGUUUGACCUUCCUGUUGUGAAACAAGCUUUCAAUGACCUGCCCAAGACAGGAAAUGGGUCAGUUUUAGCUUCGGAUUUGAACCUUUUUUUGACCAAGUUUAUGAAUGGUGCAAAGGAGGAUUUAGAGUAUGUUGAACCUGUUGACUAUGUGGCUAAACCAGAUGGGUUUUUGCCUAAAGUCUUGCAUCAAGGUAUGAAAGAUUGGGCUCUUGAGGUGCAUUCACUUUGGAAGAAUUUGAGCCGCAAAGUGUCGAAUAAGGUUUUGGAAUACCCGGAAAGGCAUAGUUUGCUGCCGUUGAAAUACCCUGUGAUUAUACCCGGAUCAAGGUUUCAAGAAGUUUAUUAUUGGGAUUCUUAUUGGGUUAUAAGAGGACUAUUGGCAAGUAAAAUGUAUGAGACAGCAAAAGGGAUUGUUUUGAAUCUGAUAGACUUGAUCGACACAUAUGGAUAUGUUUUAAAUGGUGCCCGGGCAUACUAUACUAAUAGAAGUCAGCCUCCGCUCCUGAGUUCAAUGGUCAUUGAUGUAUAUAAGCGAACUAGCGACAUGGACUUGGUCAAGAAAGCAUUGCCAGCCCUGAUCAAAGAACAUGCGUUUUGGACUUCUGGCAUACAUAAUGUGACAGUUGAGGAUUCUCAAGGUGUGAGACAUAAUUUAAGUCGGUACUAUGCAAUGUGGAAUCAGCCUAGGCCAGAAUCGUUCACUAUUGACACAGAAACUGCAGACAAAGUUACAGAUGAUUGUGAGAAAGAGCAAUUGUAUCGUGAGCUGGCAUCGACUGCAGAAAGUGGUUGGGAUUUUAGUACCAGAUGGAUGAAGAAUACUUCUGAUCUCACAUCAUUGUCUACAACAAUGAUUCUGCCUGUUGAUCUGAAUGCAUACGUACUGAAGAUGGAACUUGAUAUAGCUUUCUUGGCAAAUGUUACUGGAGAAAGUAGUCAUGCUUUACACUUCACUAAGGCUUCAAAAGCAAGAAAGAAGGCCAUGGAUUCUGUUUUUUGGGACGAAGAGAAGGGUCAAUGGUUUGAUUAUUGGCUCAAUGAUAACUUGACCAGCGAGGAUGUUCAUAAAUGGGACGCCUCUAACCAGAAUCAAGAUAUAUUUGCCUCAAACUUCAUUCCUAUAUGGGUUCAGUUGUUCAACUCAGAUGAAACCGUGGUCACAAAAGUCUCACAAAGCCUGGAAAGCUCGGGGUUGCUACGUGCUGCGGGUAUAUCAACUUCAUUGACAAAUUCGAGCCAGCAAUGGGAUUUUCCAAAUGGUUGGGCCCCAAUUCAACACAUAAUCGUUGAAGGUCUAGUUAGGUCUGGAUCAAAAGAAGCAAGAUCAUUAGCAAAAGACAUAGCCCUAAGGUGGAUUAGAACUAAUUAUGUUACAUAUAAGACAUCAAAAGCCAUGCAUGAGAAAUAUGAUGUAAGCAAAUGUGGAGAAUUUGGAGGUGGAGGUGAAUAUGUACCACAAACUGGUUUUGGGUGGUCUAACGGAGUGAUUUUGGCCUUCUUGGAGGAGUUUGGAUGGGCAGAGGACCUGAGUGCGCAUUGCCAAUGAUCACGUGGGACUUUGCGUAUCUGGGCUGGGCUCAGUCCUAGAUUAUUGGUGAUAAUACUAUCCAAUUCGGAGUAGGCUGUUCCGCACUAAACCCAUUGAGAAGACGCAUCUGAUUCUCUUUUUUAACAGUUUGUAGAUUUUUAAUUGCAGAUAUAUGAAAAGGAAUAUGCUUGGAAAAAGAAAAAAAUUGUAAACCCUUUCUGUUGAUUUACUUGGAGAACUUUAUACUUGUAAACAAGGUAUAGCUCGUUACAAUUAAACAUGACGUUACAAGUAUAUCUUGAUGCGAUAUAUAUUGGGCAAAUGUGCCCUUUCGAAAUCA